AUGGACAACAGGGAGUUUUCUCUGAACUGCUCUUGGGUAGAGAACACAUCUCUCCCGGCCUACUCCUCAUCCUCCUCCUCCUCCUUCACUGGGUUGGACCUCCUAUUUGACCUGAAGCCCCUAUUCAUCCCUCUCUACUCCAUGGUGGUCCUGGUCGCCUGCUCUGGCAACCUCCUGCUGCUCUUCCUCAUCGGCCUCAACAAGAAGAGACACAACACCACCAACUUCUUGAUCGGCAACUUGGCGCUGGUCGAUUUGGUCAUGUGCAUCUUCUGUGUGCCCCUGACGGCCUCCUAUGCCUUCGACAAGCGAGGGUGGCUCUUCGGACGCUUCAUGUGCCACUUUGUCACCUUGAUGCAGUCGGCGACGGUUUUCGCCGCCGUCUUGUCCCUCACAGCCAUCGCAGUGGACCGGUACGUCGUUGUGGCCUAUCCCAUUCGCAGGCGGGUGGGUUGCCAGUUCUGCUGGGGUUUGGUAGCUGUCAUCUGGUUGUGUAGCCUUGCACUUUCCACUCCCACGGCUCUCCACACAGGCUACCUGGACCUGAGCGCCACCGGUCUCCACAUGGUCGUCUGCGAGGAGUUCUGGCAUGGCCAGGAACGGGGACGCAUCGUCUACUCCUGCUUUGUCCUGCUCUUCUCCUACUUUGUGCCACUCGCCGCUGUGUCUGCAUCCUACCUCGCUAUCUCCUACCACUUGAGACAAAGGAACAUUUCUGGUUUGAUGGCGGCAGUUCAAAUGAACUGGGGGCGAAAGAGAAGAAAAACAUUCUGCCUCCUGCUUGUGUCCGUGCUCUGCUUUGCCUUCUCCUGGCUCCCUCUUCAGGUGGUCAAUCUCAUCCGCGACCUGGAUACUGACUUCACCAUCCUGGGCAAGAGCCACGUCAACGUGAUCCAAGUGUCGUGCCACCUGUUCGCCAUGAGCUCGGCGUGCUACAACCCAUUUAUCUACGCCUCGCUCCAUGAAAAGUUCCUGUCCUGCCUUUGUCAUCGUGACCUCUCCCCCCGUCACAGAGGAGAGGGGGUUCGGGGGCCAGGGGGUAACAGCAGCAGCCUCGUGACGUCCCAGCGACUGCACCGUGUGAACACCUUCUCCACCCUGGGCGACAUCCCGGUGGUCCUGGGGAACAAGAUGCCACAGGAGAGCUGGCCGUUGCGGCAGGCCCAUAAGUCCUCAACCACUACAAUAAUUGACCAUAAUUACAUGUAG